ACUCUAGUUUCCACUACCACGGAGAUUCAUCGCAGGGGAAUCUAUCGAACUACCAGAGGCUGCUUCUCCGGUGACGCUCUAAGCGGCUCUGAAACGCAUCCAGGAUUUUAAAACCGAAGGGGAAACCUGACUGCCUAGGGCAAAUCGAUCCCUUUGCUCAGGUGGAGGACGAGGCAUGGAUGCAUACCUCGACAGGGAUAACAAUCACGCCGCCCUGGAUUCCUACGCAGUUUUCGGUUCGGAUGCUGAAGAGAUCGACUCGGACGAAUCGAGACAAUCCACAUUUUCCUCAGUUUCGACACCAACCGUUCGAAGUGUCGACCCAAGCGAGGAAGCUCCAUACGAGAGAUACACCGCAUACUCUCUAGCAGCGACAGACGGGAGCGCUCGCGGUUCGCCGUUUUCCGGACGCUCCUUCUCUAGUCCCCCGUCCAGUGUGUUCGAUGAAGGCUCCAAUCAAGUAGACUGGUUGCCGCACCUCUUGUCUCCGACCUCCAACGAUCAGAUGAGCGCCAACGGCGACGAAACCGUCGACGCAUCAAGUGACGAGGAUAACGAUGAGCAACGACGGAUGUGGCAUCGUUUGGGAGAAGAACAGAAAAUGAAGCGGAAGCUCGAAUUCCCAGAAUGCAGUAGUUCUGCGAAAAGGAGUUGUGAUGAGCCGAGUAGUUCAAAAGAGGGCCAGGAAGAAGCCGCGGAAGCGAAAAAAGAGGAGGAGGAAGAGCAGUCCAGAAUCGCGGCGUGCUCAGUGUGCCUUGAGGAUAUCGAUGAAGGAGGGGAACACAGACUCGUCGCCCUGAAAUGCGGGCAUCCGUUCGGAGAGAGCUGUGUCAAAAAGUGGUUGCAAACAGUCAAACAGUCUUGUCCGCUGUGUAAUCGGCGUGCCAAAUCGACCGACAUCCGAGUAGUAUUCUUGGAUUGUUUCCGACUCGGUUCUUCGUACGAGCUCGCCGAAGCGAAAAGAGAAGUGCUCGAUCUGCGCACGGCCACCGCACAACAGAGAUCGAUAAUGCGCGAAAUGGAGCUUCAGCUCGGGUCUCUCAAAGCAGAAAACAAAACGUUGUCAGAUAGACUCCGAGCCUUAGAGAAAGGUAUUCAAGUCAGAACGCCGUAUUCGGCGGAAGCCUAUCCGAAGUUCACGUUCCCCAGUGAGUCUUCGUUCACGCGUCUCAGUGGUCACUGCAAAUACAUGGCCGUUGGUGGGGAAAGUCUCGAUUUAGUGGCGGUAUCGAUGAAGCCUUCGGGUGGCUUGUUCGACGGCUAUGGCGUGGAGAUGUGUUCCCUCUACGACCUGAAGAGCUCCCGCCGAGCGAAGAUCAUACACAGACAGGAGAUCAAGGAUCUUGGCUUCCACCCGUCCCCUGUGUAUCCGUGGCUGCUUACGGCUUCCUUCGACAACACGGCGCGGAUCACCGAUGUCAACCACUUCAACUUCAGCAACGUUCAGACAAUCCAAGCGGAGUCGAAGGUCUGGUCUUGCUGCUGGAGCAAGAGCAAUCAGACAAACUUCUUCCUAGGAUUAGCGUCGGGCGCCAUUAAUGAGUACGACACUCGCAUGCCAUCCGAACCCGUUCAUGUUCUGAGGAACCAGGCGAACAGAUGUCCGGUCGUCUCGUUAAGAGCAUUCGAAGUCAGCAACCUAGGCUCUAAAAUAACAGGCAUCUUAAGUCCGCAAGCUCGCUGCUCGAUCCGCAUAUACAAAGAGGAUUCGCAAGACGAAACGGGCUACACCGCUCGAGAUUUCCCGGUGUCGGGUCACUGUUUUUCAUUGUUCUUCGACAAACAGAGCUCUUCGGUGCUAGUGAGCAGCCGUCAGCGCAGCAGCACUGUUCUAAAUGAGAUCUGGAAGCUCACGGCUCAGGGAAAUGAGAUAACGCCAACGUUCCGGAAAAACUUCAGAUCCGGCGGUUCCGCUUCGGUGAUAUCAAGACCAAUAGUUUGUCGAACUCCAGCGGAUGAGGCGUGGGCCUGCUGUUUGGACGAUCGGGGAAAAUCGAUUCAAAUUUAUUCCUGCGCCGACGGCGGCCUCCGUCAUAUCUUGGAAACACGCGAUCCCCAGCAUGAACAAAUGACACAAGUUGCGAAAAUAAGGUUGCCUGGAAGAUCUCAAUUCGCCCUUCUCGGAUUGUCCCUGUAUGGGCUUUCGAUUUAUCAUUGAGCUCAAUGAACUGAUGCCAAUGUUGAAGUGAUAUAUCCGCAAUCGAGACCAAAAAACAUGUCGUUUAUCAUCGAGCUCCAUCGUCAGUUCACGAAAUGAACCACAAAUUCUUUGCAUCGUCAUGGAUUCCUCAGAAUUGACAUCUUGUGACGUCUGGAACAGUUGAAAAAAGCGAUUGUUUUCCUGAACAUCUUUGCAUUUCCAUUGGUCGACUUCCGAAUA